AUGAACGACGAAGAAAAUAACACCGUCUAUGACACAGUCCAAAAGGAAGGGUUGUAUGAGCUUUCAGAGCAGCCAGAAGAGGAUGAAGUUCCUCUUUAUGAUAACAUCCACGGAGGCCUGCCAGAAAGCAAUGUCUAUGCCACUGAUCUGGAAACCCAUGAAUAUGACUCUGUUUAUGUGACUGGAGGUGAGGAGAAGGGCUUGACCUCUUCCCAGCCAGAAGCAGCUGGAUACCUCCUGCCUGAUGAGGAUCUUGCCCAGGAUCUUCACCCAAAGGAGCAGCAGGAAGACCAGGGCAUCUCAAUGGAAGAGUUACACUCACCCACCCAAGACCAGGAGCCUGGCCCGGAGACACCCCAGAAGGAUGGAGACAGGAAGACGGGACCCCAGCUUUCCCCCCAAAACUUCACCAUCCAGCAGAGCAGGACCUUAUUCACCAGCAAUUCUGCUGCUGAUGGCUUGGAAGCAAACAACCCAGCUUCCACACACCCUGAGAUCAGCCUGUUUUUGAAGGCUGGAAUUGAUGGGGAAAGCAUUGGCAACUGUCCCUUCUCUCAGCGUCUUUUUAUGAUCCUCUGGCUGAAAGGCGUUGUGUUCAAUGUCACCACUGUGGAUCUGAAAAGAAAGCCGGCCGACCUGCACAACCUUGCCCCUGGCACCCAUCCGCCCUUCCUGACCUUCAACGGGGAUGUGAAGACGGACGUCAAUAAGAUUGAAGAAUUCCUGGAGGAGACUUUGGCUCCUGAAAAGUACCCUAAACUGGCUGCGACACACCGGGAGUCCAACACGGCGGGCAUCGACAUCUUCUCUAAGUUCUCCGCCUACAUCAAAAACACAAAGCAGCAGAACAACGCCGCCCUUGAGAGAGGCCUGACCAAGGCGCUGAAGAAACUGGACGAUUACCUGAACAACCCUCUCCCAGAGGAGAUCGACGCCAACACUUGCGGAGACGAAGACAAGAGGUCCCGACGCAAAUUCCUAGAUGGAGACGAGCUGACCCUGGCCGACUGCAAUCUGUUGCCCAAACUCCAUGUGGUCAAGAUUGUGGCCAAGAAGUACCGAAACUAUGACUUCCCGGCCGAGAUGACGGGCCUGUGGCGGUACCUGAAGAACGCCUAUGCGCGGGAUGAGUUCACCAACACCUGCGCUGCUGACCAGGAGAUCGAGUCUGCCUAUGCCGACGUCGCCAAGCGCCUCAGCCGGUCCUGAGCUCGGCCGCCUCGCCCUGCCACUGGUAGCACAAGGACUCUGCUUCUCCCAAACCAACUCCAGCCUCACUGACUCCCCUUCCGCAUUGCCUCGGGAAACAUCGUUUGGUCGCCGGUCACCUC